AGUAGUAGCGUUAAUUAAAGCGAAACAAUGACAGGGCUGAUCAAACAAAAACAGUAUGACUGGAAGGAUUCAAACCUUGCACUUUUCGGAUCAAAAGAAGAACGGGACGUUAAAAAAACUUCAGCUGCUUGUGAAAAGGCCUGGAAAACAGCAGGCCUGAAACCCGGGAUCCAAAUAUGGCGGAUAGUGAACUUCAAAGUCACAAAAUGGCCAGAGGAGGAUUAUGGGAAAUUCUACGACGGAGAUUCCUAUAUUGUACUGAAUACUUACAAGAAAGAGGAUUCAGACGCUCUUCUCUAUGACGUCCAUUUUUGGAUCGGAAAAUACAGCACACAGGAUGAGUACGCCACAGCAGCUUAUAAGACGGUCGAAUUGGAUACCUUUUUGGACGAUAUUCCUGUACAGCACAGAGAAGUUCAGGGCCACGAAUCUCAGCUAUUUAAAUCCUACUUCAACCCAAUCACGUACCUUCAUGGUGGCGCCGAGAGUGGCUUCCGUCAAGUUAAGCCUGAACAGUACACACCUAGACUAUUCCAUUUCCAUGGAGACAAGUUCGGAGUCAUGGUCAAAGAAAUUCCACGUAUGGAGAAAUAUAUUGAUGACACAGAUGUGUACAUCCUCGAUCUGGGUCUCCAGAUCUACCAGUACAAUGGAGAGGGGGCCAAUAAGGACGAGCGUGUCAGGGCUUUGCAGUACGUGAACCAACUGAGAGGGGAGAGAAGUGGUAAAGCCGUGAAAGCAACUGUACUGGAUCAGGUCGCCGGAAGUACAGGCGUUUUCUUACGUUACCUUGACCAGACUGACGCUGAUGAAGACUUUGAUACGGAGGCCAUCAUUGAUCAGACAGACGACAACCCGGAACCGGAACUGUACAGAUUGUCAGAUGCUGAGGGGGAUUUAAAAUUUUCUCUGGAGAAAACUGGCCCAGUUAAAAUCAACGACUUCGAUGGAAAUGACGUCUUCAUUUUCGACACUAGGCAGGAGCUGUUUGUCUGGGUGGGCAAACAGACAACCGAACAAGAGAGAAAGAACGCCAUGACAUACGCACAUAAUUAUUUAAUGAAGACUAGCCAUCCACUGAUUCCUGUCAGUUGUCUCAACGAGGGCGCCACCAACAAGUCCUUCCAAAUGGCCUUGACUGCAUGAAGAGAUUCAAAAUUACUGGACUUUCGAGCUUGGCCGUAAAACAUAUGAGCGACAAAUCAAGAGUUGCAUCUUCAGGUGCUCCUUUUGGAAUUCAUUUCUUGAACAAACCGAUGUUUCGAUAAAUCAAAAUACUGAAUAACUGUUUCAAACAAGUUAUUUUUCCAAGUGAUAUUAAGAUGAUCCCUUUUGACACUUUUUAAUGGUUUAGAGACUUGAUUUUCUGUUUAAUAAAUUGUAAGUAUAUAACUUCUUGGAUCUUUUACAACCUUGGUAUUACUUAACACCUCUUAUCAUAUUUUCCCCUGAUUAUAAUCUAAUAUUUCUGUUUGUAACAUAUUUUCUUUUUUACGAACAUUUUCAUCAAUUAUAUCAAACUUUUGUUUCUGUUAUUCAAUACUUACUAAAUGAGAUUGUCUUCCACCUGUCUUACUCUUAUUGAAAAUCAUACAUAUAUGGAAAAUGGUAGAAGCACAUUAUUGCCAUAAAAAUGUUUUCAUUAUCUUCUAAAAUUGUUAACAAUAUUUUCCCGUUAUGUUUAUAUCCAGAUUUUUAUGCAUUUUUAUGCAUUUUUAACUCUUCAUUUUUUCCCCAUACUUUUUAUGAAUUUUAUGUUUACAUCAUACUCCUUGUGGUUUAAGGUGAACUUCAAACAGCGUUUUUCUUAAUAGUCCAUAGCUGUAGAUCUGUGUAUCCAUAAAUACAUAUACGGAUUCUUUUCAAUGAAAUUUUCUCCAUUGCUAAUUGCUUUGCAUGUUUGAUUCAUAUAUUCAUGUCUUUUUUCAUUUUCAACUACUCUUUAAAAAUUUGACAAAAGAAACAUUCUGUGAUAAAGUUUGCCAUUCGUAUCCUUUUUAAGACCUUGAAAAACAACAACCGAGCCAAAAGAAAUCAAAUUCUUGAUGUGUGUAAAAGAUAGCCUUCAAACGUUGUCAAAACGAACAUUUACUUUACAAAAAUAUCCUCUAUAAAAAAAUGUCAGGAGUUCAAAUGAGAAUUGUGAACACGAUUUCAACCAGUUUUUCUUUACUCUGUGAAUUCAUUUACAUUUAUACAUGUUUAUUUCCAUGUUUUUGAGUUUUCCUUGAUAAUAUUCACAUCAAAUCAAUAAAAAAUAUUGAUUUU